UUGCCACAUUCCUCUUUUCACCUGUGUGAAAGCAUCUGGAAGCAGCUCAGCAGGCCUCUCCCUACCCUUGGGCUGCCCAACCUACCUCUCUGUGCCGAGCCUCAGCCCUCCGUGUAGGCAGCUGAUUCAGACACUUACGGCUCUGCUGCACCCGGGCAAAACAGACAACAUUAGCCACCUUUCCACUGCUUCGCUGCCAGAGCUCCAAAUGGCUGUCCGCUGGGGGAUCUGCUCUGCUGGGAAGAUCAGCCACGACUUCAUUGUGGCCUUGAAGACUUUACCACCGGAGGAUCACAAGGUAGUUGCCAUUGCUGCUCGAGAGCUCAAGCGCUCCCAGGAAUAUGCCAAGCAUCAUGGUAUUCCCAAGGCCUAUGGAUCGUACGAGGAACUGGCAAAAGACCCUGACGUAGAUGUGGUCUAUGUGGGGUCGGUCCACACUCAGCAUCAUGCGCUCACCAUCCUAUUCCUCCGGGCUAAGAAAAACGUUCUGUGUGAGAAGCCCAUGGCCAUGAAUGCAUCGGAAGUCUGUGAUAUGGUACAAGUGGCCCGGGAAAAUGAUGUGUUCCUCAUGGAGGGUUUCUGGACGAGAUUCUUCCCUGUAUCCGAGCAGAUCCGUACUGUGCUAUGCCAGAAGGCUCUCGGGGACUUAAAGGUGCUCCGAGCCCAGCUGGGCUUUCGGAUGGAUAAUAUCCCGAGGCUGGUGGAAAAGAAACUGGGCGGAGGCGUCAUUUUGGACUUGGGCUGCUACUUAAUCCAGUUCGCCUCUAUGGUUUUUGGUCCUGACAAGCCGCAAAGCAUUGUGGCCUCAGGGUUUCUACGGGACUCAGGAGUGGAUGAAACAGUCAGCAUCAUCCUUAACUACUCAGGAAACCGGCAAGCUGUGCUUAACUGCACCAUGGUGAUCGAUCUAUCAGGAGAUGCAUUAAUUGGGGGAACUGAAGGGACCAUCAAGAUCCCCAACCACAUGAACAGCCCCACGGUCAUGUUUCUGAAAGGAAACCAAUGGGAGUGGCCGCUACCGCCCUCACCUGAGCCGCUCUACUUCGAGCACGACAUCGGGUUGCGAUAUGAAGCCGAGCACGUCCGGCAGUGCCUGCUGAAGGGUUUGAAGGAAAGUCCCAUCAUGCCUUUGCACGAGAGUGAAAUCAUAGCCACCAUCUCUGAUGAAGCACGAAAGCAAGUGGGGGUGCUCUAUGAGCAAGACUGCAUGGGCAAGACCAACCGAUCUGAGGAGACAGCUAAAUAAAACUUUUGUUUUCUAGUACCUGAACAA